AUGGACCAGAUACAACUAAUUCUUGCCACUGUCCUUCUAGGGCUUGUGGUUUUGGUCGCGGUAUGGUAUGUCAUACUGAUGACCGGCCGUAAGGCCCUGGUGUCUCGCCCGACUUAUUUGAUUCUCGGUAUAACCAAUCUGGGGAAGACACUGUUAUUCGCUCGAUGGAAUGAUGUGGCCAGCGACGAUGCUGGCGAAAAAUGGGAAGAACCCAUCGUCACAGUGUCGCUGAUGGAAGCGAACUAUGGUCAGAUUCGUCUCCCGUUCUCCAAGCCGUCCAUACAAAAGCUGUUCCAGCUCAUUGAUUAUCCUGGUCAUCUCAAGUACUUUGACUUGUUACAAAAGCUUAUCCUUAAUGAGAUCACUCUCCAAAGAGUUAAAGGGGUCGUGUUCGUUGUUGACUCAUCUCAAUUCAAAGACUCGUCUCAUACGGUGGCAAAAUACUUGUUCAACUUGUUGAGUGUGACUGAACGUCUUCACAACGGUGUGGACUUCUUAUUCGCAGUUAACAAGACCGACUUGUUUGACUCGACUCCUGUGGUUAGAGUGAGACAAAUGCUCGAGGAUGACAUCAAUUCGCUCAUCCAAAAUGAGUUGACGGCUAUCGAUAAGAAUAACCUUGAUGACAAUGAUGACCCCGUUGGCACCGAGACCCUUCGUGAAUUCUGGCUCAGUGUGGUAGGAUCCAAGGCUGGAAAGUUUACUUUCGACAAGCUUGAAGGUAAUAUGGAUUUUGUCCCCGGUCUGGUGGUCAAGGGUAAGCUUGAGAUGUGGGAAAACUGGUUAGACGAACGCGUGGUCAAUUAA